AUGGAGGCCAAGUACGUGCGAUGGAGAGACACAUAUUUGCGCAGCUCCGCGGUCGGUCUAUACUGCUACUACAAUGGCAAAGGCGAUAAUGGCAAUGCAAUCACCUGCUCGGAAGCGCACGGAUAUGCUAUGCUCAUUUCUGUGCUCCAUCGCAACCGAUCCGAUUUCGACGGACUGCUGGCUUUCUUCCAAGGUUUCCGUAACGAACACGGAUUGAUGUGUUGGCAAAUACGUUCUCCUCACCAGCCUGGUUCCAAUGCAUCCGUAGAGCCAUAUGUGGAAGAAGACGGUCGAACCUCGGCUACCGAUGGAGACAUUGAUAUUGCGUCUUCGCUCUACCUUGGCGCAAAGACGUUUGGCGAUCAGAGAUACAAGUUGGAAGCGGAUCGGUUGGCGAGUGCCAUUCUCAAGUAUACGAUUCAUCCGCAUCUCGGGACGCCGUUACUUGGCGAUUGGGCCAAUUGUGAUUCUGCAGAGGCAAAAAAGUUGUACGAUUCCACGCGAACGAGCGACUUUAUCCUUUCCGCCUUCGCGCUAUUUUCUCGUAUGCAUUCCGACGCUUCCGAGCGAAGUCGGUGGGAGUGGGUAUUGCAAUCGACGAAACAAGCAGCGCUCUGCUGUGGUGGAAGCACAGGUCUGCUACCCGAUUUUCUGACGUACAACACUAUGAGCCAAACCUGGCAACCAGCGCGCGCCAAAUUGCUGGAAUCCGAACACGACGGUGCACUCAACUGGAACGCUUGUCGCACACCCUGGCGCCUCGCACACUACCUAGCCACUACUGGCGAUCCGUCUAUCGUGCCACUCCUGCAACACGCACAUCGAUCGGUACGAAGUAGCAAGGCUUUCAACUUCCCCACUAUCCCCGCCGGUGUAGACAUAGCUGCAAGAGAGCCCAAAGCGUUGGUCGACUAUACAGACAAAGCCUUCAUCGCCCCCGUGGGAUAUCUCUGCUACGUUCUCGGCGACACUGAUGGCCAUUCACAAUGUGUCACCGCAUUGAACCACCAAGAGCCCGGCUACUUUGGCGAUUCCAUCGAUGUGUGCAUUGCCGAACAGGCUGGUCACGCUCACGAGUGGUUCUGA